AUGACCUCUUCCUGUUCCGGCAAUGCUAGCACUACGCAAAUCCCCUCUACUGCCCCUACGAUUUUCACUCUCCCAGUUGAACGGCAAACAUGGCAAUCCCUUUUCCUACCUGUGGUCGGAUCUGUACACACACAAAACCUGCGGCGCUUUAUUAAUCGAACCAACAUUCACCAAUUCCUCAUAUUCACGACUGGUUUGUGCCAUAGGGAUGCCCGUGGGAUUCCAAGCGCAGGUUGCUCCUUUGUGUUCGGACUUCAUGCCACACUAUGGUUAGCGGGCUAUGGCAGAUUUCAUCUCGAAAGAAGAGGACCUAAUUGGGAUAGACAGGUGCAAACAAGCAAUCGCGCAGAGCUGCGUGCCGUAAUUGGGGCUUUACAAUACAAGGACUGGACCGAGGGGGGAUUCAACAGUAUGGUCAUAGCAACUGAUUCCGAAUACGUGAUUCUGGGUAUCACCAGCCGGGUCUGGGGCUGGGUCAACAAUGGCUGGCAGACAACUGAAGGAUUGCCAGUUGAGAAUCGGGACCUUUGGGAGCUCCUACUCGAUGAGAUUGAAGGGUACCGCACUGCUCAUAUGGAAAUUCAAUUCUGGCCUAUCCCAAGAGAGUGGAACAGCGCAGCGGUACGCCACGCCAGAUCAGCUGCUCGCUCGACUACAUCUGAGCACUUUCGAGUUUUUGAACCUCUAGCUUAUCCUCCAAGCCACCCUUAUCACUAUGGGGCUGAGCCAUGA